AUGAUUACGCGACGAGUUGAAGUGUGUGAAGGAAGGAAAGGAAAAAAAGAAGGAAAUCUCGGUAGCUCUAAUGAUGAUGAUGAUGAUGAUGAUGAUGAGGGUGAUGAAGCUGCUAAUGAUGAUGAUGAUGAUGAUGGGAGAGUUUGCGGCCAGCCGCCAGCCAAUAACUAUGCUUGGGGGUGGAGAGAGCAGCGACGGUGUGGUGCGUGUGUGUGUGUUCGUCGAGUGGGCGUGGCUAGCAGCAGCGCGAUCGGGGUCAACGCGAUGAGAGAUAACACCAGAGAACGUAUAGUAUUCACCCCAGCACUCGCUACACGAAAGUACACGUGCACUCUUUGCAAAUAG